UUCCCCUUUUUAUUGCCGAGUCCACUGCCCCCUUGUGAGACUUGAUUUCUCUCUCUAUCUUCAUAAAUGGCCAGUGGACUCUCCUUUGAUUCAGAUCCCAUCAUAUUACUAUUUCCACAUAACCCCCUCACCCUCAUCAACUCUUUUUCCGACAACACUCCAAUUAUGGACGCCGCCGCCGCCGGCCACCCCUCCACCUCCACCUCCUCCCCGCCACCUCCACCCGCCACCACCAUCCAAUUCCCCCUCAACCUCACCCACCACCGCCCCGAUCAUAAUCACCCCAUCAACGAAAUGGAUUUCUUCAAAAAACACGAGGAUAAACACUCUUCAUCUUUCCCUCCUCUCGAUUCUAAAUCUCCUGCUACUGAUUUCGAUUUCAAUAUCAACACGGGUUUGCAUCUACAAACUGGCAACACGAGCAGUGAUCAGUCGGUGGUUGACGACGGAAUUUCUCCGAAUUCGGAAGAUAAACGAGCUAAAAACGAGUUAGCAGUGGUGCAAGCUGAACUGGAACGGAUGAACAUAGAGAAUCAACAAUUGAGAGAACUGUUGAAUCAAGUAACGGUCAAAUACAACACGCUUCAAACGCAUCUCGUCACGAUGAUGCAACAAAAUCAACCUGACGAAGAUCAUAAAACAACAGGUAACGAUGGUGGCGGAGGUAAAGGUGGAGGCGAGGUUAUGGUUGUUCCUAGACCGUUCAUGGAUCUAGGUUUAGCCGCUCCAGCCGCAGUUGAAACCGAUGAGAAUUCACAGUCGUCAUCGGAAGGAAGGAGUCAUGACGAACAUUCACGAUCACCAACGCUUGUUUCUAACAAUUUGAUCGAUCAAUCACGAGAAGAAAGCUCUGAACAUGGAUCUCAUGUCACUAGAGAUGCUUCAAAUAAGGUUCCUCGAUUGAGUUGUUCAAAGAACAACACGAACACAAACACUAACACUAACAUCGAUCAAGCUACUGAAGCAACGAUUAGGAAAGCUAGGGUUUCGGUUCGAGCUCGAUCAGAAGCUCCAAUGAUUGCGGAUGGCUGUCAAUGGAGGAAAUACGGACAAAAAAUGGCGAAAGGAAACCCAUGUCCACGAGCGUAUUACCGGUGCACGAUGGCCACCGGUUGUCCGGUUAGAAAACAAGUCCAAAGAUGUGCAGAAGAUAGAACAAUAUUAAUCACAACCUAUGAAGGUAACCACAAUCACCCGCUACCGCCUGCGGCCAUGGCGAUGGCAUCCACCACCUCUUCGGCCGCCAGGAUGCUACUAUCCGGAUCGAUGCCUAGUGCGGAUGGUCUCAUGAACUCUAAUUUCUUAGCGAGAACGUUUCUUUCGUGCUCUUCAAGCAUGGCAACAAUCUCCGCGUCAGCACCGUUCCCCACCGUCUCACUAGAUUUGACUCAAACUCCGAAUCCGUUACAAUUUAACCGCGGUGGUGGUGGUGGCGUUGGCGGUCAGUUUCAGCUGCCGUUUUCGAACAACCCGAAUCAAAACUUGCAGCAAAUAUUUGGUCAAGCGUUAUACAACCAGUCGAAAUUUUCGGGUUUGCAAAUGUCUCAGGAUAUGGAGGCGGGUGCCAGCUCACAGCUGUCGGCGUUGCACCACCAGGGUGCAUCGCCGACGGCUUUGGCUGACACUGUUACUGCUCUCACUGCUGAUCCGAAUUUCUCUGCCGCUCUAGCGGCAGCGAUAUCGUCAGUUUUUAGUGGCGGCGGUGGUGGCGGUGGCGGUAAUAAUGGCAAUGGAAAUGUCACUACCACCAACUGCAACAACAAUGGCAGCGCAACUACUAGCAACAAUAAUAGCCAUGCGAACAAUAAAGUCAACAACUCAAGUUUUCAACGCAAUUAAUUAACAAUAAUUAAGAGGGUUUAGUUUUUUUCUUCUUUUUUAAUUAUUUGGUUAUUAUUUUAUACAACACCUGUUUUUCUUUUGAAAUUUUGGGAUGUUUCUUUUUUAAAAGGAGUGGGGAUAAGUUAGAUUUUUUCAUUCUUUGUGGGUUGAAUAAAACAAGCAAACUCUUUAUUAGUAGUCUUAAUAUAAUAGUUGUUGUACAAAUAAAAACUUUUAUGUUUACUUA